GCCGCUACCGCAACAGGUGCCUGGCCCGGCGCGCCCUCCGUCCUUCCUCCCUCUCCGCCAUGGCUCAGGCGCCGGGAGCGGGGGAACGCCGCCACCUCGGGGAGACCCCAAGCCCCGGUGAGGGGCGCCCCCAAGCUGGAGACGUCUGCCCGGAGCACGCCCUGGACCUGGCUUGGUUCUGUUGCACCGAGAGGCGGCUCGUCUGCGCCCAGUGCCCCGUCCAGGGCGGCUGCCGGGACCACCGGGUGCGCCCGUUGGCCGAGGAGGCAGCCGAGAGGAGGAACAAAAUAGUGGACGAGUGUGAAAAGCUUCAGCUCCAGAGUGCCACAAUUGCCAAAUUUGCCACAGAGGUGUUGCCAGAGAAGAAGAAGCGUGUUGUGACUGUGGCCAGCAGUGCCCGGGAGGUCCUGAUCCAGCGCCUGAACCUUGUGAGGAGUGUGUGUGAUAGCGAGGAGCAGCGGCUGCUGGAUGUGGCCCACUCAGAGGAGGAGCGUGCCCACCAGAACAUCCUCACCCAGCAGGUCCACUGGAAUGAAUCACUACGGAAACUGGACGCCCUCCGGACUUACAUGGUGACCAUGAUCACCAGCACAGAUGAUGGUGGCCUGGUGCAGGCAGAGGAGGAAAUCUUUGAGAGGACAGAGGAAGCUGAAGGAAUCCUGAAGCCCCAGGAGUCAGAAAAGCUGGACUUUAACCCAUGGUGCCUUCAGAGUCCAUUAGUGAGCCGGCUAUGGGCCUUAGCUGUUCUCUGUCGGGCCUCAGAUGAAGUCCACGUGGAUGAGAAAACAGUCAGCCCCCUCUUGCAGCUCUCGGAGGACAAGAGAACGCUGACCUUCAGCCCCAAGAAAAACAGCAGGCUUGACCCCGGUGGCCCGGCGCGGUUUGACCACUGGCCCAACGCCUUGGCCGAGGAAUCAUUCUGUUCGGGGGUCCAUGCCUGGAGAGUCCGGGUGGCCAAAAGUGGUGCUUACAAGCUGGGCAUCUCCUAUGGCUCCCUGGAGCGCAAGGGGGCUGGGCCCGAAGCCCGCCUGGGUUGCAACGCUUCCUCCUGGGUUUUCUCCCGCUACGGCAGUGAGUUCCAGUUUUCCCACAACGGCCGACACCAGGCAGUGGAGAUGCUCAAGUGCCCAGCUGAGAUCGGAGUCUUGGUGGACUUGGAUGCUGGAGAGGUGCUGUUUUUUGACCCGGAUUCCUGCGCCAUUCUGCACAUGCACCACGAAGCCUUCGCCGGCCCCAUCUACCCAGCCUUGGCCGUGGCAGAUCAGAGCCUCUCUCUGAUGUGAGGAGAGCCAACACUGCAAGGUUGCAGUCAUCUUCACCAAGGUUGUUGUUUCCUAAAGCUGAGCGGGGCUGGAUCACCUUAUAUUCCAGCAAGAUGAGCACUGUGGUUCUGGCAGGACGAUGCCAACUUGUGCCAGGAAGCAAGAGGGCUUUGCUCUGGGGCAACUCACGGGCUGUCUCUGGCUCUGCGUUCAGAGCAGAUGGGAGCUGCAGUUUGCAGCUAAGUAUCUUACCAGAGGAGGCCAUGACGGAGUCAGUGACAGGGGCUGAAAGGCUUGGCUUGGGAGGGACAUUCCACCUGCUCCAAGAUGGCCAUUCUCAGUCUUAUUUAGCCUUAGCACUGUGCCACCACGAGUCCAGUCAGAAAAGACAAUUGUACUGUACUAGUCCCUGAGGGGAAAGGGACAGAGCCGGCAAUUAAAAAAAAAUCUGACUAGGAAAAGAGGAUUCUGCAACCUGUGCAAAUUACAUAAUGGAUGGAGCAUGUUGCUGCUUUUUUGUCAUCACCGAAUGUUAUAAUUAUGAAUGUAAAGCUACUGUUUAAAUACUAGAAUUGUGAAUUUAAAGCUGCAUAAUUUAAAGCUACCGUUUUGCACAUUCCCCACCCCACCCCAUUUUUGCUGGGAACCUCAGUCCAGUUUGCUAAGAAUCUCAUUCAGUCCUCCUCAAACCGACACCAGCACGUUCGGUGAUUUUGGCAAGCCCGUUCUCUUCCCACAUACUUUCUAGCAUACCUUUGUGACCAUGAGGGGCAGAAACUUGUUUUUCUUCUUAAAAUGUGUUAUUCUCAGGAAGCUGAACCAUGCAGAAUGUUGCAUAGCAUUCUUGUUUUUCUGUCAGACUGUGGCAAACACACAGCACGGGGCAAUAAAAUGGGAGAUCCUAGAA